UGGGCAGGCAACGCAGAAUACUGUGCUGGACCUUUUUAGCCCCUGACGUUGAACAUUUAUCCCCAGUGCAUCACGAUUGGGUAGGACUAGGUCAUUGAAGUCGGGGCAUCGCUGUCCUGCGGGUGAGGGGCGCGGGUGGGGCCGAACGGAUGUCACGCUGCUGUCACGGGUUUGAAGGAUGGCUCUGAUCAAGGCGACUCAGGGACAUCAAGGGUCUCCUUUCGCGUUUCCAGCGGCCUGGUGGCGGUGCUGCUGUUGUUAUUAAGAGCAGCUGACGUGAUUUUUGUAGUGGUAGUCCUGGCCGGGUGUGUUGGGGCGAGAGCAGCGCCACGUAGCGGCGAACUUCUCGGAGAUCAAUACGCUGAGGAGGCCGCGCACUCCGCAGCCAGUGUUAUAGAGUCAGCCACCUUGAGCGGUCGCACCCCGCCAUGCCCAAGCCGCCUUACGGUCGCUGCCACAGCUGAUAACGUGCUCUUAAGUGGUUCCUGGCCCCCUCUCGAUAGGCUGGCGUGGCGGGCGUCGAGCUGCGAGUGCCAUGGUCGGUGAGUGAGGGGGAGCCGUGGCGCGCGCCCUCCUACAGCCCUGACCGCCCUCACCGCCCUCCCUCCAGCCACCGCCACCACUCCACCGCCGCCACCACCAUCACCGCCGCCAUGAGGACCUCCGGCUGGCCCCUGGCGCGCCUCACCCUCCACCUCCUGGUGUUGCUAGCCCGUUCCUACUGUUCUCUCGCCGAUGAGCCCACCUAUCGGCCAGCUGUUGCGGAAGCGUUCAAGACGAUGACGGAUGGUAAUAUAUCCGCCAUCUUGGACUCUUUACAAACAGGCUACGAUAAGAGAAUAAGACCUAAAUAUGGAGGUUCUCCAGUGAUUGUCGGGGUUACGAUGCACAUUCUCAGUAUCAGCUCAGUUUCUGAAGUACUGAUGGAUUUCACAAUGGAUUUCUAUUUCCGCCAGUACUGGACAGACCCACGGUUAGAUUUCAGUGCUUAUAAAGGUUUGAACGAGAUCCAGGUGAGCACAGAUUACACCAACAAAAUUUGGGUUCCGGAUACCUUCUUCCCUAACGAGAAACGCGCCUACUACCACACGGCCACCACGCCUAACGAACUCUUACGCAUCUCUUCCAAUGGCAAUGUGUUAAGAAGCAUAAGACUGACCAUCACUGCCUCCUGUCCAAUGAACCUCCAGUAUUUCCCGAUGGAUCGCCAGCUUUGUAUCAUCGAGAUCGAAAGCUUCGGCUACAGCAUGGACCAUAUUCGACUGUCGUGGCAUGCGGGGGACAAAUCUGUUGUUAUAGAGUCUGAUGUAUCGCUGCCACAGUUUCGAGUUUUGGGCUACAACAGAAAAACCAUUAUCUCAUCAACGUCGACAGGGAACUACUCGCGUCUUCUCUGCGAGAUCAUGUUCGUGAGGUCAAUGGGAUACUACUUGAUUCAGAUUUAUAUUCCUUCCUCGCUCAUCGUGGUCAUAUCGUGGGUCUCAUUCUGGCUCAAUCGCUCAGCCACUCCCGCGAGAGUAUCCUUGGGAGUGACCACCGUGCUCACUAUGACCACCCUUAUGUCCUCCACCAACGCCGCCCUACCCAAGAUAUCGUACGUCAAGUCAAUCGAUGUCUACCUGGGCACCUGUUUCGUCAUGGUGUUCGCCUCGCUUCUAGAGUACGCUGCUGUGGGCUACAUGGGGAAAAGGAUUCAGAUGAGGAGGACCCGAGUGUUGGCCAUCCAGAAAUUGGCGGAGCAACGGAAACAACAGGUGGACCAUUCCCACACCUCACACGACCACCCUGACCACGCCCCCAAGACAACAGAGGUCCGCUACAAACUACACGAUCCCAAAACCCACUCGAAGGGCGGCACCCUCGAGAACACUUGGAAAAACCAAGGAUUUGACCAGGAGGUCCGCUACAAACUACACGAUCCCAAAACCCACUCGAAGGGCGGCACCCUCGAGAACACCAUUAAUGGGCGUGCAGACGAGGAGGCACCCCCGCCCCUUGCCAACCUCCUGCCUCACAAGGACAUCAACAAGAUCACAUAUGAUUUUCCGCUGAGGACUCAUGGUCUCAACAAGCUGUAUGGUUGCUCACCGUCUGACAUCGACAAAUACUCGCGGAUCGUGUUCCCUGUUUGUUUCGUCUGUUUCAAUCUCAUGUACUGGAUCAUCUACCUGCAUAUCUCUGACGAUUCCACAGAAGAUCUCAUCCUCCACAGCAACGAGUGAGGUGCCGCGAGGAGCGAUACUAGAAGAAAAACUGCUAAUAGUAAUUGUACAAAAAAUAAAAUAAAAAAGAAAGAGGGCUAAAAAAAAAGUUAAUGUAUAUGUCUUAAAUUAACUGGAAAACUGAAUUGGCUGGUAUCUUAAGGCAUCGCUCACAUAAAGGUCGUUCCAUGAUUGUGUCAUUUCGCUACGUUCGUCUUUCCUUGUGAUUCGUGUCAUGUUUCAAAAAAAGAAAAAAAGAACAGCACAUUCGAGCCGGGAUUGUUUGACUGCUUUUAUUAUUACUACCAUUGUACUACUGUACUUACUUUACCAUUGUUUAUAGUCAUUAUUACUACUACGUACUAUUGAUGGAUACGUUUACGGUGGAUAAGUUUCGCUCAGAGUCAGAUUAUUAGCAUCUUUUGGAUUGAUCGUAAGGAAUAGUUUGUAAUGGCUGAGAUAACAGCAUUUACAUUACUAUGACUUGUCUCAGGUUACGGUAAUUCUCAUGUAACUGUAUAACUAUAAUGCAGUGAUAAUCAUAACUACAAUUACCCCACUUCCUCUCUUCAAUCCUUUGGUUUUCAAUCUCAUCCGUUUUCCCGUCUUCUCUCGCUCUGUCUCUCGUGCUGUCCAUCUGUCUCCCUUCCUCCUCCUCCUCGUCCUCCCCCUUCUCCGCCUCAUAGCCUUGUGCCUUGAGUUCAUUGGAGAGAAAUAUAUCUCUCGUCGCCACGCUUAAACUCGCUUCCUUCCACAUCUGAGAACUCAAGGGCCACGGCUCGGACAAGGGCGGCUCACACUCUAGAGAAGAUAAUGAGAAAGCUUGGCGCCACGCGAGGCCCGCCGCGGUGUGGAGAGGAGAGGAGCUGGGCGGUGGCGGGAGGGGGGAGGGAGGGAAGGGAGGGAAUCGCUGAAGGGAGGAACACCGCGCCGGGCCGAGUAGCGCGAGCUGGUGGGGUGAUGGAGUGCUAGACCCUCACGCCACGCCAGUUGGAAGUAUUUAGGUAGUGCGCGUCUGCAGCUGCGUUUCUACUCUGAGAACUAACUUUGUACUAGACUAUCAAUAGCCCCUCGUCAUCGUUCUUACGGUAGGACCUUUGUUGAUCCCUCUAGGCUAUGCUGUGUUCGUUUCCACCUCCUACCCCCUCCUCCUCCACCUCCUCCAUAACACCUCUCGUCCCCUCCAUCCCUUUCUCCUCUUCGCCCUCCCCUUCUCACCAUUUUUUUCAUUCUUUUUUUUUCAAGAAGCUUUCCUGUACAAAGGCCACCCACCAAUCUGCUCACCACACAACCGUUGCUGUUUUCAUGCUAACACGAGUGACAUGUCUUUCAAGAAGUCUGUUUUCCCCGGCGGACCCACAGCCGGGUUGACUACUGCAGUUAGCGGAGUUGCCUGUCGGGACUCUUUGUUUAUAUGCACACCACAUCCCCCACGACGGUGGUUUUUCAGUUGUAGGCCCAAAGAGAAUUCUUGGCGGGAUCUCUUUGAUGUGAUAAGUAGAUUUCUGAGUUUCAUGACCUAUUACGGGAUGUUCACGAUUACUGGGUACUGCGAGGCUAUCACGGGACAGACGUGUCAUUACCAGAGAGCUACUAAUACUGAGGAAAUGUAUAAUAUAUAAAUAGAUAUACCUAUAAAUACUAUAUGACUUUUGUACGAAACUGACGGGGCCGCGGCGGAGUCGAUAGGCUGGGCGCCAGGACGUGUCGAAGUGCUAAUUGUGAUAAACUUGACAGUGAGGGCGAGUGUUGGAAACCCGCCCCGCCAAGACUGCCUCUCGCAGCUCCCCGCUUGCCUCCCAGUGCCCGCUUGCCCCUGAGGCACUGCUUGAAAGCGGUACCCCCCUCCUGCUGUUGGCGGCACCCUCACCCUUACCUCCCAACCCCCACGCUCCUUCCCCCACUCCCCGCUACGGUGGUGUGUGUCACCCUCACAUCUGACCAGUCUUGUGAUACGUCGACAGCCUCAGGACGCUGAAGUGUGUGUACAGUGAAGCGCAUUGUGUUGAAUCCCUCAUUUAAUAGUGCCUCUAGGCGUCGACCACCACCACCACCACCACCACCACAACCACCACCUCCAGAACAACUAUAACAUCGUCACCGCCACCGCCACCGCCGCCGCCGCCGCCGCUGCCACCGCUGCCAUCAUCAUCAUCAGUAACAGCAGUCAAGAGUCAUGCACCCUGGAGCCCAUCUCCCCACAUGCGGCACACACACGCGCCAUACAGCCACUAUCGCAGCGUGUCGUCGCCCUAGAUUUAUAUACAGAAGAGGAAACAGAAUAAUGUAUUAACGCGCCCUGCACCACCACCCCCCCUACAGCCCCCGUCCCCUGCCGCUGUAGACCCCCUUUUCCUGGAGUAAGAGUUCGUUACGCCUUAACUUUUGUACACUGCGCAAGCCGGGAGGGGGCGGGAGGGGAUGGCGGGCCCGGGAGGUGGUGCAGGCCGCCUCAGAGCAACAGUGGCUUGAUGUGUUUAAACGCCUCAAGCAUCUAUGUUCAUCGCUUUGUACCGCUUGAAGAUAUAUAGCAUACGCUAAUGGUAAUAACUAGAGUACUUUGCGUUACUGGUCAAUGAGUAACUCAAUAACUUGGGGCGGAAAGUUCGGGAUAUACGCGGUCGCUUUUAUCUACAUGUCUUCGCUGCCUGACGCUGACCGCACCAAACUAGGCAACACCACCUCAAAAAUAUACUAGUUAAUGUCACAACUAACGUCAAUUUUGCCAUUUUCCCUAAACCAAAUCAAUCAGAAUACAACUUCUGUUCAAUACUCAAAAAAAAAGUACCAAAUCUCCUUUUAUAUUUGCCAAAACAGAAAAAUCAAGAAAUCGCGCACGGCAUUUAAAAGUAAGCGCGUCCUUUUCCCCUUUGUUAGCAGAGGAGCGGACACCAUCAGCUGAUCACACCAGCCUGUCCGUUUUUUUAUGAAGCCGGUCACUGUUCGUUCUUCUGUUGAGCCUAAUUUGUCCUGGGGCUCAGUGUCAGUGCUCUUCACUUUGUACAUAGCUUAUAGGGUACAACAUUAAGGCUAUCGCGUUCGUUUGUGCAUGGUUUUUUCCACUUUUUGCGUUCCUCCAUACCUAACAAAUUUGGUCUGCUAUAGUUAGUAUGUGUGAAGUAUGCCGAAAGAUCAUCAUAGUUCCCCACACCCCACCUUUCGUUUUCUGUUGAUAUAAUGGAAGGUUUUUGUUUGAAUUGCAUAUAUUUAGUACUUUUUAAAACAAUCUACUGGGAGAAAGUGUGAUCUCCCAGAUGAUAAACUCUCUCUCUCUCUCUCUCUCUCUCUCUCUCUCUCUCUGCUGCCAAUUUUCGUACCACUAGUCUAAAUCUCCGUGCAUGUGAACUGUUUGUUUUCUUUGUGAUCUUCCUUACCCCCUCGAGGUGUUGCCGCUGCUCUUCAUCCAUACCAUUGUUGCCACAUAGUCACUCACGAUCGUUGUGCUCAUCUUCAUCACUCGUCCCUCAUAGUCAAUCACUUAGCCUCAUCUCAUUAAUAUUGUCAUAGUCUACGCUCACCUCCGUUUUCUAUACUCCCUAGCAUCCCUCAGCCUCGUUUUCUAUUACAAUGAUGUCUCGUAUAAAAGUUUCUUCAGUUUUUCGUGUUCCUGUGGUUAUAGUUGAGUCAUUGUUGAGUCUUUAUGAUGAUUACGUCACUGUAAGCUGCGUCUGUCUGUACGUUACCCCUUUGCAUCAUUAAAGAAGUCUUCAUCUACGUAAGCCAUUACCAUUAGGAGCCUCUGACCACUUACUAGCCAACCUUGCGUAUGUUUGCUUUGGAAAUGUAGACUUUUUUAUUCAUUGCCUUUUCCG